GCUUGUUCUGAAGAAACGUACUUGUACUUGAAGGGAUAGUAUCGCGGUAUUAUUGUGGUUUUCAUAACCAAUUGUUGCCAGUUGCUUAAAAUUUCGUGAAUAUUUGUGACCUCUUCAUUCUCGAGAAGUUCAAGGGAGGAUUAACUGUGUCAUUUUUAGGAUCCAAAUCAACAAAAUGUUACGGCUAAUUAUUUUGAUAGUGUGCUGUGUAUUUUACCAAGUAGAUUGUCAGUCAGUAGCACAGCAAUGUCUAACAGAACAGAUCAGAAAUAAUGCUGGUAAUACACGACAGUUAGCUAUACAGCAAUCUCCUGAAACCACAACUCUUAAUGCUUUUAGAUCAAUUUGUUCAAAUUUUGACAGCUAUAUUCGAUGUUUCCAAAGCAGAUUGCCUGGUUCCAUAGAUUCGACAGAUAGAUUCCUGACAUUAAUGUUUGAUUACAGAGCUAUGUGGACAGCCUACAGAGGUCUCUGUAGUGACCUUAAUGUUUUAGCAACAAGAAUACGAUGUUUAUUAAGUACACCAGAAGUUAGAAGAUGUUAUGAUAUAUUUAACCAAGGUGUUACACAAGUUGUUAAUUUACAGAGUCAAUCUAGAUUGGACGAAUAUGGCUUGAGAAACCUGGCCUGCAAUGUAUCUGUUCAAAGAUAUCAAUGUGAAACACAAGUAUACAGUUUUUGUGAUGCCCAAGCUGGUGAGAUCAUGCAAAGUUUUUUCUACGCCGGAGUUCCACCAACCUGUCGAGACUAUACUGGUACUUACUCCAGAUAUACUCAUAUGUAUGGAUCCGGGGAAAUUACUAGUAUUUCAAAUCUAUUAUUCACCUUGCCUAUCUUCUUGAUAAUCUCAAAAUGGUUAUAACCGUGACGGCAUCAUCUCAUGUUUGGCUGGACGUAAGUGCAAUCAUAUCCUCAUUUGCUGAACAUUUUGAUCUUUGAAGAUUCCUU